UACAUGUGGGCCAAAUUAUACAGAUGGGUUCAAUGCCAAAAUAAAGGCAGUUAGAGACACAGCAGAAGUGAAAAUCCCCUUGAAGCAUUUGAAAGGCUUGAGUGCUUUGGUUGGUGUGGUGAGAAUUUGAGAAGAUGUGGAAUCAAGAGCAGAAGGAAGAAAGGGAUUUUAGCCUCACCUCGAAGGAUCCAAGGGGCGAAGACCUUCUUAUUACAAUCACAUGGUUAUGGACCUAAUUGAAUCAUAUUAAAAUGACUGAGGACUACUCAUGCAAUUUUUCUUCUUCCAUUCUUUUCGUCGCCGGAGUCCGGACGGCCCUAAAAUCAGCUCAAAUCUUGUUUCGUCCAACAACAGGACAAUGCCAUUGACAAAAAGUACGUUUACUGCUUUUUCUGAUGCAUUUCUUUUUCUCCUACAACAGAAUAACAAGAAAGGCGGAAACCAGUCAAUACUACUCUGCUGCAAGCUCUUCAUCUCCGAAUCCAGAAACCGUGCCGCUCUCGACGCCAUCGAACAGGCGGCGAGGCUCCACCCAGAAACCGUCAUCGUCAACAAGUUCGAGGACCGAGCGUACAACAGGGUACGCUUCACGCUAGUGUCGUAUGUUAUUCACGAUAGCAUCGGGACUGCCAUUUACUGCCCCUUGCAGCAAGCCGUCGUGGCCGUGGCCGAGGCUGCUUACGAAGUCGUAAACCUCGAGCUGCAUUCCGGCGCCCACCCGCGGCUCGGCGUCGUGGAUGACAUUGUCUUCCAUCCACUGGCUCGGGCGUCGCUGGAUGAAGCCGCUUGGCUUGCUAAGUCGGUGGCGGCGGAAAUCGGGAACAGAUUUCAAGUACCGGUCUUCUUGUAUGCGGCGGCGCAUCCGACGGGGAAGGCGCUGGACACUAUCCGGCGGGAGCUUGGCUACUACAGGCCCAAUUUCAUGGACAACCAAUGGGCGGGCUGGACAAUGCCGGAAAUUCUCUCGGAGAAGCCCGACGAAGGUCCGACCCGGGUGUCUCGGGCUAGAGGGAUUUGCAUGAUCGGGGCACGUCCAUGGGUCGGGUUGUACAACAUACCCAUAAUGUCAACGGAUGUCUCCGCCGCUCGCCGCAUUGCCCGUAUGGUGAGUGCUCGAGGCGGCGGGCUCCCGACAGUGCAGACGCUGGGCCUCGUCCAUGGCGAGGACUCAACCGAGAUAGCUUGCAUGCUGUUGGAGCCGAACCGGAUUGGAGCAGACCGGGUACAGUCUCGGGUUGAGAUGCUGGCAGUAGAAGAAGGGGUUGAUGUAGAAAAGGGCUAUUUUACCGAUCAUUCACCAGAAAUGAUAAUUGAAAAAUAUAUGAAUUUAAUCUCCACUAACAGAGAAUGAUUAGUAACCACCAUUAACCCUUCAAAAUGUAAUGAAUAUACUUGAAUAAAUUACUUCGAUAUCA